AUGGCUGGCAAAGCAUCCAAGAAACAAGCUCACACCAAUGCAGCAGUGCUGAAACGGCUGUACACCGUCGCCGGCGCCAUCCUGGCGCUCGCCGCCGUCCGGCUGCUGCUAUCUGGAGGCAGCUGGUUCAAGCUCAUCGCGUUCCAUGCACCUGCUGCUGCGUGCGUGUACAUGCUCGAAAAGGGCGGGAGGCCAAAGUUCGACGCGGAUGGCAGGGUUGUGCGCGAGGGAAUGGACCUCAACCAGGAGGGCCUCACCGAAUGGAUGUUCGACAUCGUAUACUUGUCGCUGUUCGCGGACGUCGGCCACGCUGUCUUCAACACCUCGAAGUUCUGGUAUGUGAUGCUCCUGGUGCCAGUGUACCUCGGCUACAAGAUCAAGGGCGCCGCGGGCCCCAUGCUGGGCGGCAUGCGCAACGCACAAGCGCCCAGCGCCGGCGCGCCAGCCAGCGCGCCGGCCAAGUCCAAAAGACAGACCAAGCGCGACAAGAACGCCGACAAGAUCCGCUACAAGUAUAAGUAG